ACGCUUCGUCUACUAUCGUCAUCCAAGAUCUCGACGCGGUGUACUAAAACCGGUUCUGUCCUGUCUGAGAAACUGGGGCAAGUUACAUUGUUGUUUCUGUCAGCUACUUCGACCACGAUUCUAGGAGUUCCCUUCCUUUCUCUGAUUGGUUUUGCCCUUGUCUGUCUGCUAAAGUCGAAGGCCAUUGAAAAUGAAUCCGAAUGAAUGCAGCACCAACUUGUGGGUGUUUGGCUACGGCUCUCUUUGCUGGUUACAAGGUUUCGACUAUGGAAACCAUCAGCUAGGAUUCAUUCGCGGAUUUUCGCGCAAAUUUUGGCAAGGCAACAAUUCUCAUCGUGGCACAAACGAUAAGCCGGGGCGCGUAGCAACUUUGAUCAAAGAAGAUGAAGCCACCACAUGGGGCCUGGCUUUUGAACUGUUGGGCGAGACAGCACUACGGUAUCUCAAUGACCGAGAAUGUACAAAAGGUGGUUAUGAAACUCUGAUCACAACGUUCUUCCCCCGAAACGGCGUCAUGACACCAUUUCCGGUCUUGGUAUUUCGAGCCACGGAGCACAACCCACAAUGGUUGGGUCCGGCUCCGCUGGCUGAUGUGGCUGCACAGGUCACCGAUUGCAAGGGAGAAGCUGGACAUAACAGUGAAUACGUUUUACGCUUAGCCGAAUUCUUUCGUGAUAAUCUGCCAGAAGUCCAUGACGAACACCUAUUCACACUAGAGCAUCUUGUUCUCAAGCGGAUGAAGGAGAAAAACAUCAGUUCUACUGAAGACGCACCAGUCACUCAAGCUAAACAAGAAGUUAUUUCGAUAGCCGUAGCUGCCCAACCGGAUAACAAUCUUAACCAGGAAGUUCGACGCGAUUCCUUCCAAUAUUCAUCUCGAGUCCCUCCUUCCAAGAAACUCCUCUGUCUCAAAGUCUGACUUUGAUCUCUCAACCCUCCUAAAAUGACAAUUGCAAAACAUUUUGGUUUACGAAAAAUGAAAAGGAAAGACAAUGAUUCGACAGAUUCAACUUUAUGAACACUCUCAAUUACACUCGCAAUUUUUCUCAAAUGUGUCGUCAUUUUUUCAAUCUCGGAACAGGAUAUUCCUAAAAUCCUGCCCAAAGUCUUCUGAAUGUCACCAAAUCAUAAAGCCAUGCAUGAUGUAUCCUCCGUCCAGUGCAUGCAGUUAUUUUUAUUUUUACUUUUGUCAAGAUCAUGUGAAAUUCACGACGCUAAUUGUUUCCUUUCACUUGUUCAACGCAUUUGUUCAAUGAAACCGAUUUCGGGCCAUAAAAAAAACAAAAAACAAACAAA